AUGUUGAACAAUAUGGAUUUGAAUGCGAAAGAUUCUUUUUACCCUCAAUUUGAGAAUUGCAACAGUUCUUCCUUGGGGAUGGAAAACAGCGUGCGGAAAGACAACCAGGAGGUGUACGUCGAUGCAGAGCGGGGGGUACCUGCCCAGUUUGGCCACGAAGGAACCCCCGCAACCCUCAAAACCGAAGCUUCCAACUCGGAAUUUGCUUUUAACCCCUGCGAGUGCCCAAAAGACGCCUACACCCCCUCCUCGCUCGCCUACUCCGGCAGUUUCUAUGUUGAGGCAUCUCAGGGAGCGCCGUGCAGCACCGAAACACUUCUCAAUAUGAUCACCGAGAUCGUGGGUAUCUCUACGCUGCCACUUUCAGAAGUGCAACAGAGCGGCAACAGCCGGGGAACUUAUCCGUCUCCUGCGCCGUUGGACAGCAGCAAUGGCAAUUUUGGAGACCCGUCGGGCGUCAAGAGGCAACCGUACACCUGCUCCGGACCUACUCCUCCGGUGUACUCUCCGGAUCAGUCGUGCCCGAGGUACACCGACGAUCAGGCCGGCAGUCAGGCCCAAGACCCGUCCACUUCCCAGCUCAGCUUCGGUUCCUCCCGAGCGCCAAGCCAGAAGAAGGCCGAACCAAAAUCAGAGGCUGCCUCGUUCCCCGUCGUGGUCAAGAACGAGUUCGAGAGCAGCUGCUACGAGUGGGGAACGUUUACCAAGUCUGACUGUUUGGAGACGAGUUUCCAGUCGGAGACCUUCCCGAUGUCGAGUGAUUUCCCACCUGACCAGCAAAUGGAUGUAAAGGAACUUUUAGACACGUUCCCCCCAAUUUGUCCCAACCCAGAGAUGGAGUUUAAGGUGGAGGGGGGGAUCAAACAGGAACCGUGUUUCUCUGACACCUGCUCCCAGAGCUACUCCAACCCCCUGUACAAUAAUUACCUCCCCCCACCGCCGAUGGGCCUCUCCUCCAACCUGAAGCCCUUCCCGGAGCCUCCACAGCCAUCUAACAAUCAGUGUGAUUCCUUAUACGCGUCACCAGCUUUACCCAGCACCAUAGACUCCAUCCUGUACUCUUCCUUGUUGCCAGAUUCUUUCGCCCAAAGUUACACCACCCGUGCGACGAAGCCCCCCAGGGCCAGAAAGAGCCCCGCCGCCUCCCACGGCCCCGCCAAAGAGAAACCCUUCACCUGCCCCAUGGAGAGCUGCGACCGGCGCUUCUCCCGCUCGGACGAGCUCAACCGGCACAUCCGCAUCCACACGGGCCACAAACCCUUCCAGUGCCGCAUCUGUUUGCGCAGUUUCAGCCGUAGCGAUCACCUCACCACCCACACCAGGACUCACACCGGGGAGAAGCCGUUCUCCUGCGACGUGUGCGGCAAACGGUUCGCCCGCAGCGACGAGAGAAAACGGCACGGACGCGUACAUCUGAAACAGAAGGAGAAAAUGGAAAUUAAGCCACAGGUGACCACCGGCACCUGGCCAUUCACUCUUCCCGAGGGAAUUUGA